AUUUAUUACUGAUAAAAGGUUUUAAAUAUUUAGCCGAGGCCUGGUGGCAUGUACGGUAUAAGUACACUAGAGUUGUUGAUAAAUUAAUUAUAUAUGUGGCAAAUGUGUGGAGGGUAAUCAGAGCAACACGGAUUGUGGAUUUUAGUGCCUCUAUCUCCUCCCUCCUCUUGCUACUGGUAAGAGUACUACACUAGCAUUAAUAGGCAAAAAUGGCCAUUUUUGGGACUGUUGUUGGAACAUCUUUUCUAUAUCCCAACGGCUUUAAAACUGUAACCAAACAGUCCGCUUUUUCAUUAUCAAGAAGAACAACAGGAAGCAGUUUCCGGCUCAAUUGUUCAACCGAGAAAUCGAGCAUCAAAAUUGUUAAAAAUCCUCCUGAAUCUACACUCUCCGAGCUCGGUGUUCGCUCUUGGCCCAAAUGGGGAUGCCCUCCGAGCAAGUUUCCAUGGACAUACUCUUCGAGGGAGACAUGCUACCUGUUGGAGGGAAAGGUCAAAGUGUACCCUGAUGAUGGUGAGGCAGUUGAGAUUGGCGCAGGUGACAUGGUCGUCUUCCCCAAGGGAAUGACCUGCACUUGGGAUGUUUCUCAAGCUGUCGAUAAGCAUUACAAAUUUGACUGAAUUCUCAAUCAUCCAUCAUCUAUCAUCUUUCUUUAAAAGUUAAGACCAAUCAUUUUGAUUUUUUCUUUACAUUUACAUCAUGUGCGUGUAACCUGAAUAAUCCAGCAACUCUUCUCAGUUCUAUGUUUCUUUC